UCUUGGAGUUGUUCGCAGCAAAUCAGGCUUAAGUCGGGUGGGUACUGAGGUCGGUGCUUGGACUGCACAUAAUGAGUGCAAACUGCAAGUAGGCGAGGAUUGGGCCGGUGGUGCCGCAUUUACGACGGUCGGCUGCUCCGUCACUGGUGUCCUGUGUCUGCUGUCUGCUGGUCUCCUGACGGCGCGGCCGCGGCCCGUUCGUGGCGCAGGCGGCGAUGGCGGCGCGCCCGCCGGGCUUCCCAUCGCCGUCAGACGGCUCGCUGCCCGGCCAGCAGGCCCGCUUCGGCUCGGCCGGCGCCGCCCCACCCAUGCGCAGCUACGGCUCGCCCGGAUACGCGGGGAUGCCCGCCCAGCACGGCCAGUUCCCGUCCAGCAGCACCCAGAACAUGAUGCAGCGCUCGGGGGGCAGCAUGGUGCAGAACCAGUACCCGCCGAGCCGGGCGCCCGCCAUGCCUAGCGGCGGAAAGCGCUCCUCGGACGCGCGCGCUGUCUCCAGCCAGCCCAUGAAGAGCGCCAAAAAGAAGAAGCGGAUGGCGGACAAGAUCCUGCCGUGGAAGGUGCGUGACUUGGUGCCCGAGUCGCAGGCCUACAUGGACCUCCUGGCCUUUGAGCGCAAGCUGGACGCCACCAUCAUGCGCAAGCGGCUGGACAUUCAGGAGGCACUGAAGCGGCCGCUGAAGCAGAAGCGGAAGCUGCGCAUCUUCAUCUCCAACACGUACUUUCCGGCCAAAGAGCCGGUGGACGGCGAGACCGAGGGCAGUGCCUCCUCGUGGGAGCUGCGUGUCGAGGGCAAGCUGCUGGACGAGACCAAGGCCGAUGCCAGCAAGACCAAGCGCAAGUUCUCGUCCUUUUUCAAGUCGCUGGUGAUUGAGCUGGACAAGGACCUGUACGGUCCGGACAACCAUCUGGUCGAGUGGCACCGGACCGCCACCACGCAGGAGACCGACGGCUUUCAGGUGAAGCGGCCCGGCGACAAGAACGUGCGCUGCACGAUCCUGCUGCUGCUCGACUACCAGCCGCCGCAGUUCAAGCUGGACUCGCGGUUGGCGCGUCUGUUGGGCGUGCACACGCAGUCGCGGCCCGUCAUCACGCAGGCGCUCUGGCAGUACGUCAAGCACAACAAGCUGCAGGACCAGAGCGAGCGGGAGUAUGUCAACUGCGACCGGUACCUGGAGCAGAUCUUCCAGUGCUCGCGCAUGAAGUUCGCGGAGAUCCCGCACCGGCUCAACUCGCUGCUGCACCCGCCCGACCCGAUCGUCAUCAACCACACCAUCACCGUCGAGGGCGCCGAGCAGAAGAAGACCGCGUGCUACGACAUCGAGGUCGAGGUGGACGACACGCUGAAGACGCAGAUGAACAACUUCCUGCUGUCGACGGCCAGCCAGCAGGAGAUCCAGAGUCUGGACAACAAAGUGCAUGAGACAGUGGAGCUGAUCAACCAGUACAAGAUCAACCGCGAGUUCUUCCUCAGCUUCGCCCGUGACCCGCAGCAGUUCAUCAACAAGUGGCUCGUCUCGCAGAACCGCGACCUCAAGACCAUCACCGACGUGGUCGGCAACCCGGAGGAGGAGCGGCGCAGCGAGUUCUACCAGCAGGGCUGGGCGCACGAGGCCGUGCACCGCUACUUCUACUCCAAGGUGCAGCAGAAGCGCGCCGAGCUCGAGCAGGUGCUGGGCAUCCGUAGCAGCUGAGCGGGCGGCGCCGGCCGGCCGCAGCUCGCAGCGUUCGCCGCGCACAGCGCACCGGC